GCUGAGACACAAACAACAACGGGAAAAGCCGGAUAAGCGCUAGACAGCUGUUGAAGGUCAACUGAACCUACUCAUUAAGGACUCUGCCCUCUCACGUGACCACUGGGCGUCAACCCCCGCAGAGGUCUUCUUCCUCCUCCCCAGCCCCGGGCCCGACGGUCGUGUGGAGCCCCGGGACAGCAAUAGGUCUCCCAGGCCCGUGGCCGCGACCCGCGAUGGCGCUGCUGGGUGCGCUCGUCUGCUGCCUGCUGGCUGCCUGGCACUGCCGCCCCGGCCUCGGACUGCCUCUGGCUCCCGCUGGCGGCCCGAGUCCCAGUCCGGCGGUGGCAGGACAGUUUUGGCAUGUGACUGACUUACACUUAGACCCUACUUACCACAUCACAGAUGACCACACAAAAGUGUGUGCUUCUUCGAAAGGUGCAAAUGCCUCCAAUCCUGGCCCUUUUGGAGAUGUUCUAUGUGAUUCUCCUUAUCACCUCAUUUUGUCAGCAUUUGAUUUUAUUAAAAAUUCAGGACAGGAAGCAUCUUUUAUGAUAUGGACAGGGGAUAGCCCACCUCAUGUUCCAGUGCGUGAACUCUCAACAGACACGGUCAUAAAUGUGAUUGCUAAUAUGACAACCACAAUCCGGAUUCUCUUUCCAAAUCUCCAGGUUUUCCCUGCACUGGGUAAUCAUGACUAUUGGCCACAGGAUCAACUGCCUGUAUUCACCAGCAAGGUGUACAAUGCAGUAGCAAGCCUCUGGAAGCCAUGGCUGGAUGAAGAAGCUAUUAGUACUCUAAGGAAAGGUGGCUUUUAUUCACAGAAAGUUUCAACUAAUCUGAACCUUAGGAUCAUCAGUCUCAACACAAACUUAUACUAUGGCCCAAAUAUCGUGACCCUAAAUAAGACUGACCCAGCAAAUCAGUUUGAAUGGCUAGAAAAUACACUGAACAUCUGUCAGCAAAAUAAGGAGAAGGUGUACAUCAUAGCUCAUGUUCCAGUGGGGUACCUGCCUUAUUCAAGGAGCAUGACGGCAAUGAGAGAAUACUAUAAUGAGAAAUUGAUAGAUAUUUUUAGAAAAUACAGUAACAUCAUUGCAGGACAAUUUUAUGGACACACUCACAGAGAUAGUAUUAUGGUUCUUUCAGAUAAAAAAGGAAAUCCGAUAAAUUCUUUGUUUGUGGCUCCUGCUGUUACUCCAGUGAAGAGUGUUUUAGAAAAACAGACCAACAAUCCUGGUGUCAGACUAUUUCAGUAUGAUCCUCGUGAUUAUAAAUUACUGGAUGUGCUGCAGUAUUACUUGAACCUGACAGAUGCUAAUCUAAAGGGAAAAUCUAAUUGGAAGCUGGAGUAUAACCUGACCCAGGCCUAUGACAUUGAAGAUUUGCAGCCAAAAAGUUUGUAUGAAUUAGCUAAACAAUUUGCAAUCUUAGACAGUAAACAGUUUAUAAAAUACUACAAUUACUUCUUUGUGAGUUAUGACAGUAGGGUAAUUUGUGAUGGGAAAUGUAAGGCCUUUCAGAUUUGUGCAAUUAUGAAUCUUGAUGUUAUUUCUUAUACAGAUUGCCUCAAACAAUAUUAUAUAAAGCACAAUCCGUAGUAUUUCACAGUCUGUACUCAUAGAAAAUGUAUCAUUGCUCUGUUUCUGAGAUCAGUUUGUGAUAAUUGUUAUGCCAAACUUUGUGAGUUACUGAGUGGGCAGGAAGAAUUCCUGUCUUUGCUUUUUUAUGAUGCCCAAAAUGUAGAUAUUUUUAACAUCCUAAAUUUUUAUUAUAUCGAAUGUAUCUAAACUGCCCAUUACUAGAAUGAUGUUUGGAUGUAAAUACCCUAUCUUCCAGUUUAUAUAAUUACAUCUAAUUUAUACUCUUGUUGAAAUUGUCAUUUAUACAAUAAGACAAAUUACUUUUCCCUAA